AUGACGGAAGUUGUUUGGCCGCCCAAGGAAGGUCUAUCGACCCCCACUGUUUCCGUACAGAACGGCGUUUUCGCAACGACAGGCUCAGCACUCAUCAACGCGCCGGCGUCAUUCAUCUUUGACAUUCUGCUCGAUACCUCCACAUACUCAGACUGGUGCACGUUCGUUCCUAAAGUCGUUGUCGAUGCGCAGCCCCAUAAUGCGGCCCAGCAUAAUGACGGCAAAGCAGACGACAGGUCCUCUGUGCUCAAGCUAGGCACCAAGUUCACAUUCUUCGCUGUGAUGGGAGAGCCAGGCUCCAGGCAAACGCCUACACACCUGAUAAUCAGCGACAUGUCGACUCCUUUGGAGCCUUCGUCGUAUAUUCCUCCUGACACCCUCGAAGUAUCUUUAGUGUAUACAGCAGAUCUCUCGACUGUGUAUCGUGUUGCUUGGAAGGGUGACAAAGUGGACUUCUUCGCAAAGGGUCUGAAUACCGAACGUUUUCAUGAAGUCAUUGUCAGAGGGCAAGAGAAGUGCGAAGUGAGGACGUGGGAAGUUAUGGGUGGUGUGUUAGCGCACACAGUCAAGUGGCUGUACAGGAAGACGCUCGACAAGAAGUUUGACGAGUGGUGCGCGGAGCUGAAAGCGUUCGGUGAGAAGACAUGGGCCACACGAGAACAACAAAGAGGCAAUGUGGGUGCAAGCCUUCCGUAA